UUCCUGUGAACAAGCUCCACAUCUGCUUUUCUAUUGAAACAUUUAUUCUUUGUCCCAGUCACAGCCACCAUCUUCUGUGAAGUCAGACUAACAGUAUGUAUGUAGCUGUCUAAAUAAUGACCUUGUUCAUCCCUGAUAUGGCUGGUCGUCUGUUUUUGCUCAUCCUCCUUUUCGAUACCUUCCAGUACCUCAAAGCCAAAGAUCUUCCUCAGCCCAGUCUGACAGUGAUUCCUGCAGUCAUCAAAGAGAGAGACUCAGUUCAGCUGAACUGUCAGACUCCAUCUGUCUCUGAGUGUUACUUCAAAAUGGAAGGGCAAGUGGAAUUCACCCUACCAUCACCCUGUCAACAGACACUCACAGGAACACUACUGGUGAGGUGGACAGGUCAGAGUUCACCAGCUGAGGUCAAAAUACAAUGUCAGUACAGUGCUACAGGUUCACAGUUUAGAUCCAUGUACAGUGAGCCUUCAACAGUCACAAUUCAGGACAUUCCUCAGCUGACAGUGAGUUCUACAGUCAUCAGAGAGACAGAAUCAGUUCAGCUGAGUUGUGAGACUCCUCCAUCUCGCCAUGUGUCUAACUGUUACUUCUACAUAGAGGUGGGGAAGAAUUUUCCAGGGUCAUUGUGUACGCAGACAAUAACAGGAACUGAGCUGCUGAAGAGGGCAGGUCCAACAUUUCCAGCUGUGGUCAAAGUGAAAUGUUACUAUGCUGUAGGGAGGUCUCACACAUCUCCUUUAAGUAACCCUGUCUCAGUCACUGUUCAGGAUCCAAAACCAGACAUUACAGUCCAAUUUGAUGAGGACUUCACCAUCAUCUGUUUGAUUCCUGGAUCGGUCAGUCCUGACAGCACCUGUAACCUGUAUGUUGGAGAGGAGAGUCAGCCAUCCUUCACAGCAAAGACCAAGAAGAGACAAUCCACCUCAGCACCCAGACAGGAGUUCUGUCAAUUCACUCCAAAUCAUAGUGAUCUGAUCAGUGGUCUACAGUCAGUGAGGAGUAAGGAGGUGAGCUGUGAUUACAGAGUGAGCUCUGGACCAAACUCUCUCUCUCCACGCAGUGAUGGGUACAGCUUUACAGAUCUGGUGGGAGUUCACAUCAGUGAUCCAACAACUGUACAGACACCUUCUAUAGCAGUGGGUUUGACUCCAGGUCCUAGAUCUACUUUGCCUCCCAGCAAGACAGUGAGUCCUACAGAAGUUUCAACUGUUACUUCUACCUUUACCCCAGACACCACAGUGACACCAACUACCAGGUCGACUGUUUGCUGUACUUUUACCACUGACACCCCAGCGAGUCCAACUGAAAGAGUUCAAAGCUCCACAGAAAGUGAUGUGGAAUCAAACAGUCAAGAAAGCAUUCUGGUGGGGCAAUUAUGGCAGGCAGCAGUGGCUUCUGGAGUGGGCGUGCUCCUGGUAGGAUUGACAGCUGUCAGUCUCUGCAGGAGGACCAAGAAAACCAAUUCUCAGAGACCUACAGCCAGACAGGAUGAUCACAGACAAUAUGAAUUGGUGUCUAUGGGAGCGGUGAGCAGAGGAAUCAUGGUGGAUUCAGGAGAUGCUGGAAUCGAUUCUCAGAUCACUUCUGUACUGUUCACGUUCACGCCCUCAGGUAACGUUGAUGUGGAUACACAGGCAUUUGCAAAUAAACAUUCUGACACUUACCAUGUAUACAGCUCAAUCCCCGACAGACCAGCAACCUCAGCCCAGCCGGAUGGGUUGUACAGUCUUCUGCAGACACACUGACACUACACCUCUGGCUUUCUGUAGCUAUGUCUCACACAAAUACAUUCUAUCUCACACGACAUCCAUUGUUUAUCACACAUCCAGUUACUGUAAAUAAGUUGCUUAACAGGUAAUAUAUCUACUGUAUUACACAUAGACAACUGGUUUCUGUUACAUGUCUAUCCAUAAUAUCUGUUACUGUGUUAAUAUAUAUAUAUAUUAUUUUUUAGGGGUCCAGGGGCAUAGUCCCCUUUGAGCAUUUUUCUUAUUUCUUUCCCCUAGUUAAUGCUAAAUCUACUGUAUUUAUGUAUUUUACGUUGACUGUGUGAUACCUCCUUCCAUAGCGGUUGGAUACAAUUAAUUUCCUGUUGGGCAAAACAUAAUCCAAAACACAACCAAAACAAACUGCAAAUGCAUCCAACAAGUUUGUUGAGUCACAAGCUUGAUGUAUUUAUUGGGUGCAAAGAAUCAAGGACCAAAAUACAAAAUGUUUGACUACCUUAAUACACUAUAAAUGAGUUUGUCCAAAUACUUGUGACUUUUUCAAAUGUGGGGACUAUAUAGAUAAAGUGCAUUUAUAUCAAAACGGUAAAACAUACAAUGCCUUCAGAAAGUCUUCACACCCCUUGACGAUUUCCACAUUUUGUUGUGUUA